AUGUGGCCUGUUGAAGCGUGUGGUUGUGGUUCGCAACAUCGGCGCAACACCGGCGUGCAACCGGAAACGACACGGCAAGCUCGACGCGCCUGGGCGAACGACCGCCUUCGCUGGAUCCUACGCCCACUACCACUCCCGCUGCUCUUACUGAGCGAGGUGCGGCAAGUCUGUAUCCUUCCUUAUUCCUCUCGGAAGAUGGUCUGGCGCCCACGACGCUGCACAGCUCUUCUUUGCGAAAUUCUGCUCUUGCUGAUCUCAUGCUCUGCUAACGCUCAAAACAUCUCCACGAACACACAAGUUCCUCCGCUGCAGUGGAUCAAUAUCACUGGACAUCUGACGGGUUCAGCUGCACCUCCCCUCAAGGACGCAUCCAUAGGUUACGACGAGGAUACGAGAAGCGUCGUGAUCUUUGGUGGCGAAUCUCAACAAGGCUUUCCUCAGUCUGAGACCUACAUUCUUAAUCUCGAUACACUUGUCUGGUCACAACCCACCGGAGGCUCGACAUCUCCACCCGCUAGGACCCUCGCAGUAAGCGGUGAUGAUUUCGCAGCGAGCUACCGUCGUGGCCAUGUUGUCAUAGGUGGAUUGGAUACCAAUGGCAAUCCCUUGUCUGAUGUGUGGGAAUAUAAUUAUGCUUAUCAGUACUGGACAAAUGUUUCCAUGUCUCCUGGUGGUCCAUCUGCACGGUACGGUGCUGUGGGAGGGAUAGAUGUUCGCACAUUUCCCGCAACGGAUCCCACGCUAUCCACCCCCAACAACACCAUUUAUCUCGCAGGCGGCAUCGAUACUUCCGGCGUCUCAUCUCUUUCAGAUGUGUGGCGACUCAACAUCUCAGGUACUUUGUCGCCUAAUGUGCCUAACGGGGUUGUCGGAAGCUGGGAGCAAGUCUCGAUCAGCAGUUCCAAUGUACCAACGAAAGUCGGAGCGGCUGGUGCCGUUGUUUCGCAGUUAGCGGAGGACAUCAUUGCUGUUGGUGGUUGCACUACAUCAGUUGCCUCUAGCUCUCCAUGCUCUCAGGGAGACUCGUAUAUCAUUAAUACUCAGACCAGUAAUGUGCAAGCACCUUCGUCCUGCCCUGCUCCUCGUUUGGAUGGUACGGUGGUAGCAAAUCUGAACGGAAAUUCCUCAAGUUUCACUUCACAGGUCUUUCUCCUUCUCGGAACUGUUAAUAGUUCGCAGUGGCAGGACGAUGGGGGACUUCAGAAGGGAGAAGUGGAUAUACUUGACACAAAUACAGGAGCAUGGGCGCGAAUACUGCCAGCCGGAGAUCCAGGAAGUACGGGUCAACAAGCAUUCCCAUCCCCUCGUGAAGGUGCUGCUGCCAUUUCCUAUACCCAAACGUUGGUUGGGACCCAACGUAACAUCGGAUCAGAUACCAUGGUUUUUGGUGGUCGAGAUGCUUCUGGGAAUUAUCUCGCAGAGGUAUGGAUUUUGAGAGCAUACAACGGAUCCAUCUCCCACACCAAUCAAACUUGGUCCGGCUAUAGCGGUGGCUCUCUGCAGACGGGCAUCGGGGCUGAUGGAUCUGGCGUUACCGUCCAGUUCAUGACACAGUGCGCCUCUUCGGUCAGUGGUCAGAGUACCCAGUCCGGUUCCCCAACGCCUACUACGCCUAAUACGCCUACUAUGUCGGGGUCUCCCUCUGCGACUUCGCACACCUCACCAUCAUCAACAUCCACAUACAACACGUCCGUGGUUCACAAGGCCCUCUCCGCCAUUUCAGUUGUAUUAUGCUUUCCCGCUGUAAUACUCCUCCGCCUAUCGUUGCCGUCCGUCAACUCAUCGCAAUCUAUAACCCGUCGCACUGCUCUCUUCUAUUUGUCGAUCACCGUUGGAGUAGCCGCAUAUGGUCUGGGCAUCGCUGGAAUGGCCACUUCCUUCUCAUCCAUUACCGUCGUAACUCACAUGACACUGGCAAGACGUUCAUCGUCAUCUUCAGCAGUGCUGAAAACCGCUCAUGGCAGAGCGGGUUUGGCAUUCUUCGUGGGCUUUUAUGGCUUAGUUCCCCUUCUGUUUGGUAUCUCCGCCUAUUACAAGCACAUAGUUAGAAAAACAGAGAUUACAGGGAAGGACCAUGAAGUAGAGAGGCUCCGAGUAAAUUCUUCGGAGACGGGAGAAAAACCGGAACCAGGAAACGGUCGCGUUGGCAGUCCUGACCAGUCUAUGAAUGGACGUCCAGAUGGCUCAGAUCCACGGCCGCGGGUCAGGUCCUGGAGCGGUUGGCCGGGGUUCUCAGCACGCCGUUCUAGCGACAGCGGGUUCGACAGUACUGGUGCUCCCCCUCCGCCGAAGCAGUCUUUCGAGGUUGUCAAUCGGCCAGCCCGCGUUCGCCGUGCAAGUGCCAAUAGCUUGGCGGCGUUCUCGGACCCUCGCAUGGGGACCACGCCUAGGAACCUCAGCGAUAUGAGCUGGUUUGACGGGCGACGCAACGCGAACGACGUGGGUGAGUUGGAUGUUGCACUGGGCCAUCUCAAUCGCAGAGUCCACGACCCUCCUACCCCAGGAACGACUGCCAUGGAAAUGAGGAGCACCAGCGGUCUGAUGUCGCCAACCGCUUAUGCCACAGCGUUGCCUGAGAUGCCACAGCCAGUCGACUGUAUCUUACGUGUCCUCUUCCACGCCUUUCUACUAUGUCUCACCAUCAUUUCGCUCGUUGCUCUCUGGUUCCACGCACCCAAGGCCACAUUCAUUGUCUUCCUUGUGGUAACCGUGAUGUUCUACAUUACUCUCCUCCUACUCGCAUUUCAUGGGAGGCCGAAGGAAUCAAUACUAACCGUAGUGGUCCAUCGGCUGUUCACGACGCACCUACCUGCCGGUCCCUCCGCAGCGAUACCACAUCGUUUGUCUACCGAUGGUUCUGAAGCAAUACCCUUCCCUACGGAUGUUCGCGGUCCUUACCAACACCAUCACCCACCUUUCCGGACCACCAUGUCCGGGCUAGACGAAUAUCCAACAUCCGUUUCUCAUGAGCAUGGUACGGCGGAGUACGAGGACGACGAUAAUGAGGAGGACGAGGAUGCCAGACAGCGCAGGAUCGAGGAGGAGAUGAGUCGGCGGGACGUUUCGAUCGUUACCGUACCGAAGCGGAAGCUGUUCUUAACCAACCCGGAACAGAGAUGA